UUACACUCACCUCGACCUCCUCCUCGACUCUCUUCCAGGCCCACAACGAGCAAAUUAUAACUGGCCAUGCCUGCGGCCUAUCCGCUCCCUACAAAUGUCUCGCCAGCGACGGUCGCCAAUACCGCAUCCCUGCUGCGCAUUAUCGCUCUGGCUCUCAUAUCUGGCGCUGCUAUUGCUUCUCGAUUAUUCGCUGUGAUAAACUUUGAGAGUAUCAUACACGAAUUUGAUCCAUGGUUCAACUUUCGUGCUACGAAGGUAUUAGCAUCCGAAGGAUUCUAUGCAUUUUACAACUGGUUUGAUGCAAGCGCCUGGUAUCCAUUAGGUCGUGUCGUUGGUGGAACCGUCUAUCCUGGGCUCAUGGCAACGAGCGGCGUCAUCUACAACAUCUUACAUGCUCUCAACCUCCCGGUAGAUAUACGAAACAUUUGCGUGCUGCUAGCGCCAGGAUUCAGUGCUCUGACUGCUUGGGCGACCUACAUGUUUACCAAAGAGAUGAAAGACGCCAGCGCAGGCUUGCUGGCCGCAGCAUUCAUCGGCAUUGUUCCUGGCUACAUCUCCCGUUCUGUUGCAGGAUCCUACGACAAUGAAGCCAUCGCAAUCUUCCUGCUCAUGUUCACGUUCUUCUGCUGGAUCAAAGCCUUAAAACUUGGUAGUGCGCUGUUCGGCACAGUCGCCGCGAUAUUCUACUUCUAUAUGGUCGCCGCCUGGGGUGGUUACGUCUUCAUCACCAACAUGAUACCUCUCCACGCCCUAGUGUUGAUACUGAUGGGACGUUUCACUAGCCGUCUCUAUGUCGCCUAUUCAUCCUGGUAUGCAAUCGGAACACUUGCGAGCAUGCAAGUUCCUUUUGUUGGUUUUCAGCCUGUGCGGACGAGUGAACAUAUGGCAGCCCUUGGUGUCUUCGGACUCCUCCAGAUUGUUGCUUUUGCUCAACUAGUCCGAUCACAUCUAUCCUCGAAACAGUUCCAAAAUCUUUUAUUCUAUUCGGUUGUAACGACGGGAAUUCUAGGAACCCUUGCAUUUGUGGGCUUAACUUAUGCAGGUUGGAUUGCACCAUGGACCGGUCGCUUCUACUCCCUCUGGGACACGGGAUACGCGAAGAAAUAUAUCCCUAUCAUCGCUUCGGUUUCAGAGCAUCAGCCAACUGCUUGGCCUUCAUUCUUCAUGGAUCUCCAGUUGCUCAUCUUCCUCUUUCCCGCCGGUGUUGUCCUGUGUUUCCGUGAACUGCGCGACGAACAUGUCUUCGUCAUCAUCUACGCCGUGAUGGCCAGCUAUUUCGCGGGAGUGAUGGUUCGUCUGAUGCUUACUCUUACGCCUUGCGUGUGUGUGGCUUCUGCAGUGGCCUUCUCCUCAUUACUAGACACCUACAUCGACCCUGCCGAGCCAGACGUCUCUCAAAAUGCACAGAAUGACGGUGAGACCACUCUCAACGACGUCGUCGCUGCCGUUACGGCCCAUACCAAAAAACGUGGGACUCGUUCUGCUCCCAAAGGUAUCUUUGGACUCGACACCCGUAUGAUUAUCAUAUUCAAUGCCUUUGGAAUGCUGGCUUUCUUCGUAUUCCACUGUACAUGGGUGACUUCGAACGCAUACUCUUCACCAUCGGUCGUGCUAGCUUCAAGCAACCCUGAUGGAAGUCAACACAUCAUUGACGAUUACCGUGAGGCGUACUAUUGGCUCAGGCAAAACACGCCGGAGACAGCUGUCGUCAUGAGCUGGUGGGAUUAUGGAUACCAAAUCGCUGGUAUGGCGGACAGGCCAACACUUGUUGAUAACAACACAUGGAAUAACAGUAUGAGAUCCGAUCGCAUAUUGCCACCUGUUGGUAAAGCUAUGUCAAGCCCGGAGGAAAUAGCCUACCCCAUUUUGCGCAAGCAUGACGUGGACUAUGUGUUAAUUAUAUUCGGCGGUCUGAUCGGUUAUUCCGGAGACGACAUCAACAAGUUCCUUUGGAUGGUUCGCAUAGCGCAAGGUGUAUGGCCGGAUGAAAUACAGGAACCGAAUUAUUUCACCCCUCAAGGUGAAUAUAGAAUCGACGAGCGAGCUUCCAAUACCAUGAAGAAUAGUCUGAUGUACAAAAUGAGUUAUCAUCGCUUUGCUGAACUGUUUGGUGGCUCUGGGCAAGCGGUUGACCGAGUGCGAAACCAACAAGUCCCUAAAGUAGGACCGACGUUGGAUUACCUAGAUGAGGCAUUCACUUCGGAGAAUUGGAUAGUCAGAAUUUACCAAGUCAAGAAAGAAGAUGACCUGGGUCGGGAUCUCAAGAGUGCAAACGCAUUCUCUCAGGGUAAAAAGCGCAAGCGUAGUAAACCAGUAUCCAAAAGGCGUGCUAUCGUGUAAUGAUAUAUUGAAAGGAGACCUUUGGACUUUUCUAGAGUCUACAUUUAAUACGUUGUAGCACGCCAGAAAUUUAAUAUUUCCAUCUUCACAAAGUAGAAGGUGGGUAUGGUCAAUAACUAGAUGUGUGCCUUGUGUCUAUACAUUGUAUCUACAACUGUGACCGGUGACAUUGUGUUCGCAAGAACGAGAGGUAGCGACGGCAUCAUCCUCCAUAUCAGGCUUAAGUUAUUUCUCUGCUGGAGGAAUUAAAACUAACAACCUCCGUAAUCGACUGCGGGAUGACGCUGAAAUCCUUGCGACUUCUCAAAUAUAUCCUAGGCAAUGACAGCAGUAUUUUCGGGGUCACUGCUCCAUGUUAACUGAGGAUGUUCCAGGGCAUCCGCAAUUUCUUGUAAGAUGAAUCCAUGGCAGGAAGCAGGUGUCGUUGAGGCUUGGAGUUU